AUGUCAACAAAGUUGCAAUUCAUGCUGUCAAAUUAUUGGACUGUAAACCAGGUUGUGGACUGGCUAAAAGGAUUGGAUUUGAAGUCGCAGUCGAAACAUUAUGAAGAUUUAUUUUACAAGGAGAAUGUUGUUGGCAGGAAGUUGUUGGACCUCACAAAUGGAGACCUGCUCGAGAUGGGGCUUGAGGACCUGAGAGACCAGGAGCACAUUCUUUUUGCUCUUUCAAUCUUGCAUGCCUAUAUGAUGACCCAGCUGAAUCACGAAUGUUUCAGAACUUGUGCCAGUUGCCUUGAAAUUGCAGCUAAAAAUUUAUUGAAUCACAUCAGACAGUAUGACAUCGGUGCAAAUUUAUUACUCUCUUGUCAGUUGGAGGUACUGAGAAAUGUUGAAAACGUUCUGAUUUCAUCACAAAAGCUCAUUAAGUGGCUUGAUAAGUUACCAAUUUCAAGUGAAUCUCGUUGGUUGCAUGUCAGAGAAGUUGUGCUGAAGUCCUCCAAGGCAUUGGGUCAAUACAAAAAACUGUCAGAGUACAAAUACAUUGAAUACCAUUGCAAGUUGAUAAUCGAGCAAUGCCAAGCAAUUGUUUUGAACUACAAAGAGCUAGCUUUGUUUGAGAUGCGGAAGUAUGCCAGCAUUGGGAUGUUUAAAGAGGAUGUGAAUGAUGAACUGGGUAUCGUCAUGAAGUCAUCAGCAGAUGGAUUGUUGUACGUGUCUGAAUUUCCGGCGUCAUCAUCCACAAGGUUGGAUGUGUCAGACGAGUUGGUGCAGAUCAACGGCCAGACCAUCAUUGGAUGGUGCCCAGCCAAAGUGAUGGAGUUGGUGAGGCUGCUGAAGGGAGAUGUGAGGAUUACGGUGAGGAAGAAAAUCUCCUACAGAAAAGAUGAAACUCACUCUCAGCACGCUCGUCGUCUCGUCAGGUUGAACAGGUUGAAACACGUCGUCGACUGCUCCAAAUUCUUCGACACCCUGCCCUGCGUGAAACCCGAGAGGAACACAAACAUCAAUGACUCCAGCAAACGUUUCAACAGGAAAGACUCACGUUUCGACAUUCAGAAUGUUGAUUUCACCUCCUUCCACCAACACACCCCACACACCUACAUUGGCGCCAUCAGAACAUAUUAUACAUUUUCCUGUGAUAGCAACGACAACUCAAACAACAACUCAAACAACUGCAGCUCCUUCAACAACUUCUGGAACAUUCCAGACGAGCAAAGGCGUUCUUUAACUUUUCCUAAGUUGAAAUCAUCCAAACGAGAUGUUGGUGUUGGCGAUGAUGGUUCGAACUGCAAAACGUUAUCAAACUCAGUUGAUAACCUACACGAUAUGGAAAGCCAGAGUUCGGCUACAAGGAGUUCCUCGAUUUCAUCAAUCAACUCUUACGGAUCCCAGGAGUCUCUCGGAUUUAAUUCAACUGGUUUCCUGAGAGUUAGAUCAAGGAGUAAUAAAUCCAUUUUUAAGAAGCUGAGUACUUCAUGCAUUGAUUCUGGGGGAGGUGACUGUGAAGGCUGGCUCUAUCUUUACAACAACAACAAAAACAAAAACAACAACGUUGAUGUCAACAACAACAGCAGCAACAACAACAUCAGCAGCAGCAACAACAACCACAACUCUGUUAACAAACAUAAACUGAGUAAAGAAGCUUCCAAAGAGAGGUGGUCCAUAUUGUGGUUUGUUUUGAAGGAUAAGAAACUUUGGUUCUGUGAAAACCAACAGGUGAACGAAUGA